UCAGCACAGACUUUCCAUUCAUGCAGCUUGACUAAGGGCUUCUCCUCCCCAACUUUGACAGUUUGGCAACCCUCCAGACUCUCUUACUCACCACAGGACCUUCUGCCUUCCCUGUCACCAGGAGUGAGUACCCUGAUGGCUGGAAAGAGUAGGAACAGGAAAAGCUUCUUUGAGGCAUUUCUGUCGCCCACCUGUCAACCACCAACGAGCUCACAACCAAUGUAGAGGAAACCACUCCCAUCAGCCCUUGGAGGAGCCAAGAGCCCAGGCUUCGGCAUUCAGUUUGUGGCCCACUUUCCUCUGGCUCCUAUCACUGCUUGGGGUUCCGAGCUGGGGGGAUCAGGUUACCUGUGUGAGAACAGUUUUCCUCUGGAAUCAUCCCUUUCACAUCUUGACCUGUGACCCUCCCUCCCUCAGGAUUCCCACAGUCAAAUCCCAGGUUCCUGCAUGAAUGAAUGAAUCCAGCAGCUGCAACUCAACCUUCAGCUCCCCAGGAGAGUCAUCUAUCUACAUGAGUUUUUAUGGGCUCCUCUUCAUCUUUGGGCUCACUCUCAACCUCCUGGCCCUGUGGGUUUUUUGCUGUAGGAUGAGGAAGUGGACAGAGACACGGGUAUACAUGGUCAACCUGGCUGUGGCAGACACCCUCCUGAUCCUGCUCUUUCCCAUUGUCAUCUACUUCACACAUGCCAGCUGCCUUGAGGAUCUCUCUUGCCAGGUGCCCCAGGCCAUCUAUCUUGUCAAUGUAUACAUGAGCAUCAGCAUCCCCAUGGCAAUUGGUGUGGACCGCUAUGUGGCCAUCAGGUUCCCACUGAAGGCCAAGGUCCUUCGAAGCCCAGGCCGGGCGGCCAUUGUCUGUGCACUCCUCUGGGCUGUGGUCAUUAGCAUGCUGGCUUUUCGUAUCAUAUGGCAGGUCCAAGAUGGUGCCUUCUGCUUUUGGAGGAAGUCAGAGAUCCAUAUUUCAGCGGUAAUAGUUUCUCUGCUGGGCUUUUUUAUUCCACUAGGUAUCCUGGUCUUCUGUACAUUCCAGAUUGUGGCCAGCCUAUUGAGGGUUCAGAGAAGGGAGAUAUCUGAGGUCAGACAGAUCCGCAAGAGUGUCUCCAUGGUGCUGGCCAGUCUGCUUGUGUUUGUCAUUUGCUUCUUACCCUUGCACGUAACACUCCUGUUGCACUUCUUCCUGGGAUCUAACGACAGGCUCAAAGGGGUCUUCAAAAUAGUCACCUUUAUUGCCCAUACCAACUGCUGCCUGGAUGCCAUCUGCUACUACUUUGUGGCCAGUGAGUUCCCGAAGGUGACCCCUUUCUUCUGCCUUCAAUGCAGACAACACAGACCUAUGGCCCCUCAAGACAAGAAGACUUGCACAACCCUAAUGUAA